CGGCCAACAGGCGGGCGAAGGGCGGUGACGUGAAGGAGGGUGACAUAGACAUCAUCUCAGUGCGCUGCGGCCUGCUCGGGGCGAGGUGGCCUGCUCGGGGCGAGGCCGGAGCUUGGCGGGGUCGCGAUGCCGGAUAUGGAGAUGCCGGGAGCGGUGGGGCGGACCGACCUCGUCUUCGAGGAGGAGGACCUUCAGUAUGAGGAGGAGAUUCUGCGGAACCCCUUCUCCGUCAAGUGCUGGAUGCGCUACAUCGAGUUCAAGCAGAGUGCACCGCGCCACGCACUCAACCUGCUCUACGAGCGGGCCCUCAAGGAGCUGCCUGGCAGCUACAAGCUGUGGUACAACUACCUGAAGCAACGGCGGAAGCAGGUGAAGAACCGGUGUGUGACCGACCCUGCGUAUGAGGAGGUGAACAACUGUCAUGAACGUGCCCUUGUCUUCAUGCAUAAGAUGCCACGCAUCUGGCUGGACUACUGCCAGUUUCUGACGGAGCAGUGCCGUGUGACCCGCACGCGCCGCACCUUCGACCGGGCGCUACGGGCGUUGCCCAUCACUCAGCACCACCGCAUCUGGCCGCUCUACCUGGCCUUUGUGCGUCGGCACCCGCUACCUGAGACUGCCGUGCGUGUCUACCGCCGCUACCUCAAGCUGAGCCCAGAGGGGGCAGAGGAGUACAUCGAGUACCUGCGCUCCAUCGACCGCCUGGAUGAGGCUGCCCUGCGCCUGGCAGCCGUCGUCAAUGAUGACAAGUUCGUCUCUAAGGAGGGCAAGUCCAACUACCAGUUGUGGCACGAGCUGUGUGACCUGAUCUCGCAGAACCCCGACAAGGUGAAGUCACUAAAUGUGGGGGCCAUCAUUCGUGGGGGCCUCACACGCUUCACCGACCAGCUGGGCAAGCUGUGGUGUUCCCUGGCUGACUACUACAUCCGCAGCGGCCACUUUGAGAAGGCGCGGGAUGUGUACGAGGAGGCGGUGCAGACGGUGAUGACGGUGCGGGACUUCAGUCAGGUCUUUGACAGCUAUGCACAGUUCGAGGAAAGCAUGAUUGCUGCCAAGAUGGAGACGGCCUCUGAGCUGGGCAAGGAGGAUGAUGAUGAGGUGGAGCUGGAGCUGCGCCUGGCACGCUUUGAGCGGCUGAUGCUGCGCCGGCCCCUGCUUCUCAACAGUGUCCUGCUGCGCCAGAACCCGCACAAUGUGCACGAAUGGCACAAGCGUGUGCAGUUGCAUGCUGGGAACCCCCAGCAGAUCAUCAACACUUACACAGAGGCUGUGCGCACCGUGGACCCUGCCAAGGCCACGGGGAAGCCACACACGCUCUGGGUCUCCUUUGCCAAGUUCUAUGAGGACAAUGGGCAGCUUGAAGAUGCCCGGACAAUCUUUGCCAAGGGCACACAGGUGAACUUCAAGCAGGUUGAUGAUCUAGCCAGUGUGUGGUGCGAGGCUGGCGAGAUGGAGCUGCGUCACCACAACUAUGAUCAGGCCCUGCGCCUGCUCCGGGUCUGUGACCACUGCCUGCCAGGGUGUGGGCGAGCCACUGCCAUGCCAGCCCGCAAAGCUGAGUACUUCGACUCUUCGGAGCCUGUCCAGAACCGCGUCUACAAGUCCCUCAAAGUGUGGUCCAUGUUGGCGGACCUAGAGGAGAGCCUGGGCACCUUCAAGUCUACCAAGGCAGUGUAUGACCGGAUCCUGGACCUGCGCAUCGCUACCCCCCAAAUUGUCAUCAACUAUGCCCUGUUCCUGGAGGAGCACAAAUACUUUGAGGAGAGCUUCAAGGCCUACGAGCGUGGCAUUGCGUUGUUCCGCUGGCCCAAUGUGGCUGACAUCUGGCACACCUACCUGACCAAGUUCAUUGCACGCUAUGGCGGCACCAAGCUGGAGCGUGCCCGUGAUCUCUUUGAGCAAGCACUGGAUGGCUGCCCCCAGAAGUAUGCUAAGACUAUCUAUCUGCUAUAUGCUGGGCUGGAGGAGCAGCAUGGGCUGGCGCGCCAUGCCAUGGCAGUGUACGAGCGUGCCACACGGGCUGUGCCCCCUGCAGAGCAAUACGACAUGUUCAACAUCUACAUCAAGCGGGCGGCGGAGAUCUACGGUGUUACCCACACCCGCCCCAUCUAUGAGAAGGCCAUUGAGGUGCUGUCAGACGAGCCAGCACGGGACAUGUGCCUGCGCUUUGCUGACAUGGAGUGCCGUCUGGGCGAGAUCGAUCGGGCCCGCGCCAUCUACUCCUACUGCUCCCAGAUCUGUGACCCCCGUACAACAGGCCCAUUCUGGCAGACGUGGAAGGCCUUUGAGUUGCGCCAUGGCAACGAGGACACGAUCCGGGAGAUGCUGCGCAUCCGCCGCAGCGUCCAGGCCACCUAUAACACGCAGGUCAACUUCAUGGCCUCGCAGAUGCUCAAGGUCUACAGCAGCGCCACUGGCACUGUGUCGGACCUGGCACCAGGGCAGAGUGGGCUGGAUGACAUGAAGCUGCUGGAGCAGCGAGCUGAGCAGCUGGCGGCUGAAGCUGAACGUGACCAGCCCCGCACCAAAGACCAGAUCCUCUUUGUCAGGGGGAAGGCAUCGCGUGCAGAGCUGGCCCAGCUGUCCCGCCAGGCCAACCCUGAUGAGAUCGACAUCGAUGACGACCUGGGUGACGAUGGGGCUGGUGACGAUGAGCCCGACGAGGUGCCACUGGAGCAACAGAGUGUCCCAUCCGCUGUCUUUGGGGGCCUGAAGGAUGACUGAGCCACGUUGAAGCCUGCCAGUGGUUCUGUUUGUCCCCUUUGUCCGGGGCUGGGAUGCAGCCUAGGAGUAGGUCAUCUUUCCCUCCCCUUCUCCCAGCACAGCCCUGCUGCAGUUGAGGGGCAGUCAUGCACAGGCAGCCUGGCACUGUGGGGACUCAUGGGGCUACAGCCUCCGUGCAUGGGAGUGGGUAGAGGCGAACCUGGGGGGGACUGGGAGUCUGGCACAGCCCCCCAUUUCUGUAUGAUGUUGUGUCCUAUAAAUGCUGUCUUUCCUA